CUCGCGAGAAGGAUUCUCUCACAGAAGCCAUAACCAAUCGGUCUCCGGCACUCCAUCAGCCUUCUCUUAUCUUUGCCGCUUGACUGUCAGCGGGCAGUCGACUUAAACCACAACUGUUGAGAACCCCCAAGGUUUUACAGGACUUGGGACAGGGUCAGGCUGAUCUCGACACACACUUCUCACCAUGUCGGGGAGCGGCGGAUUUUACAAGUACCGGUGCAAGUACUUUUAUACCUAUAACUGCCCAAACUGGGUUUACUGCAACGGGCACGCGUGCGCCAUGUGCUUGGCCGAGGGUCGUGAUUCGACAGAAUCUGAGGCGACGGCGCCCGCGACUUGGCAGCAGCAGGUGCAGCAGCACCUGCGGCGUCCGAACGUGGGCUCCGCAUACACCGAGAUCUGCGUGCCCCAAGCAAUCCACGGUACCCUCCGGUACACGGUCAUGGAGAUCAUCCCCACCGACGAGCCCGGCCCGGGCGCGUAUUGGGUCCUACGCCAGAAGGCCAUGGCAGCACAGGCGCUCCCGUAUAGCACCUUCACCACCAGUGACACGCCGCGCCCUGUAAUGACCUCGAUUGGGGUCACCGGGCAAGUGGCCUGUUGAUGACUGCCGAGUACAUACCAUAUACCCCUUGGGGUUGGCGGCCUGGAGCUGCCCUCCACUAGCGGGCAUGGCGUCAUGUAUUGUGCCCAUCAACCGGCAGGCAGAAUGAAUGAUGUGCGAUGGCUUUAUCUUUUUUUUUCUCUUCAUUUUCUUUCCCUUUCCCUUGCCCCGUCAUUUUGUUGGGCUGGACCGGCUCCGCAGCUGGCUCUCGCGAUAUUUCUCUUUGUCUCUGGCCUUUGCUGGGGUGUCUGGGACAUGCUCAUUUCAAUUCGUUUUGGGAUAACGGAAAAGUCUGGGACACGCAAGAUUGAUACCACAGUUUGACGACUGGUGGGGGGCAACGGUGCCUUGUUUAGGCGGGGUGGUACAGAGGUAAUCUGCAGGAUUGGAUGGGACACCAAGGUUGGCUCGGCUGUGCUUGGUUACACGGGUGGAUGGUCUCGGCGGUGCGACCUGAGUUCUGCCGGUUAGAGGCGCAGCCUCCUUGAGGGCAUAAUCUCGCGGGGCCAGCCAGGGUUGGCUGAGAUGGGACAUUGCCAUUCUCAAAUAAAAUAGCAGCUUGUAGAGAUCGCGAAUCACUUCGCAGUCAGGCACAGGCCAAUGACAAACAUUUGUC